AUGGAGCAAUCAGUAUCUUCAAAACUACAAGAUGAGGUAUAUUUGACGAACGAUUCCCGGAUAAUCAGUGAUUCUAAACUGUUCCUGGGGCUUACAGUUGCCGGUUUUGCGCUUUCUUUAAUAACAACAGUGGGAAACACGGUCUUGCUGGUGACAACAUUUAAGGAAAGCCGUCGCUUACUCGAUAAACCUGCGCAUAUGCUCAUCACAAAUCUCUGUGUUUCUGAUCUUGUUAUUGGAUUGCUAGCAGGGAAUCUCGCUUCAGUAUUAGCUCUAUACCAAUACCAGAGUUGGCUGAUUCCUGCCAAACUAGAUCUUGUUGUUCGCUUUGUUCUGAUUUUUUUGUUGUUCGUAAGAAGUGGGACAAUAGUAACGUUGUCGUUUGAUCGCUACUUUGUCGUAGCACACACUUUUACAUACACAUGGAUGAUUACAAAGUCGAAAUACAAGAUUGCUAUCGCCUUCAUGUGGGCAGUCGGCUUUAUCUUAUCCUCUCUUCAGUUGACAAGCAUUCCAGAAAAAAUUGUCAUAAUUCUCUACACUCACACUCACGUCUCGGUUCCUGCAGUAUUGCUAACAGUCAUUUACUUCAACGUUUCCCGUGUCCUAAUGAAGAGAAAACGACACUUACGAAACGUCGGGAUGACAAAUAAGCAAGUUUGGGAUAACCAAAGACGCAUGGCAGUGACAACUUUUUUGGUAUUGACUUUGUUUUACGGCACUGUGUUACCCGAGUUUAUAGUUGUUCAUCUUCGCUACUUCUGCCAGCCAUGUGCGCAGUCCUCAACAUUUAAGAAGCUGGAAGUCAUAUUUGCAGGACUUCUCUUUCUAACGUCUGCGGCGAAUCCCUUUGUCUACGCUUGGAGGGUAUCAAAGUACCGCCGGGCAUUUAAAGCGUGUUUUGCCUCUAACCUGCAGAGAAUAGCACUGAGACCAAACCCAUGGCAAUAUAACAACCGUGUUACAACGGGAACAACUGUCCAGGCCAUUAGUUUAAAAACAUUUCAGAGAAAUUGAUGGUGCGACAAGAAACUUUAACACUUUUAUUGAAGGUGAUCGGUUUUCGGUAAAGGCCAUUUGUCAAGCUUACUGACUUGGGAUGAAAGCGCUGAAAGGGAAUUAGAUUGAAUAUUGUCUAAAUCUUAAAGGAGUUAGACAAUAUUCAAUCUCUCAUAUUGUACAUAAUCAACCGAAUAUUUCAAGGAGGAUGAAACCACAAAUUCCUUCACCCUUUACCCGUAUGCUUAUUCUGUACACUGCUUUCUAUAUAUUUCCCACGCUGCUAACAAGGAGAAUCUGUUUAGCAAUCAAAAGCUUCUUUAGUUUGUGAUCAUUUCCUUUGUUCUCGUGACACUACUGUGCGAUUCGGCGAAUGAUAUUGUCAAGAGAAAUUAGAUGCUCGUCACUCGUAGGGGUCUAAAGGUUAAUGAGCGUAAAGAGGUAACGACUGUAAGUAAUAUUCAGUCCCAGCUAUUGAGUUGUCUAUCGAAGUUUCACUCAUAAUCGGCUUUGAAAGUGAAUAGGAGUAAAUAACUAAAUAAAUGCAUUUACAUCAUCGUUGCGCAAAAGCAUCACAUAUCGACAUUCCUAUACUAGCAGCGUGCAGCAAGUUUGUCACCAUAGACCUACAACACAUCCUUAUUAUAGCAGUGUGCAGGAAGGUCGUCACCAUGGGCCUACAAUCGGCGACAAAAUUUUUCCCCUCCCCCCCAAACAAUAUGAUGUUGCUUUGUGAUGCCAUGAACCUCUAACUACAUAGAGGCAACACUGAAUGGGAGAGGGAGGCCUUGUCAAUGAUUUAGGGUGCAUGUGUUAUCAACAGGAGUGUUAUUCUUCACAUUGAUAGGACUCUUCAAACAUGAUGUGUCAUCUAAUUUCGACACUGAUUGUGGUUAAGCGCUGCUCGGUGGUAUAGAGCAUCCGAAUUACUAACUAGAAGGUCGUGGGUCCGACUCCUAUUGGGGGCACUGGGAGUUCUGUUUUACUCCGGUAUGACUGAAUCAUUAACUGAAUAACAUCUUCUUUCAACCACAGUAUUAUCAACAUAGAAUCACAAAAUUU